GAGUCGCGCCGCUGCUCCGUCUCGCACGUACCUACCCGCCCGACGGUAUACACUCAUCGCGCUCUUUGCUCGUGCGGCUCGCUCUGCACGUUCCGAGCGAGAGCUUGUUAUUUAUUCCCUUGCUUGCGCUUUUGGUACGGCGCGGAAAGACAGAGACAGACGCUAUCGAGCGCACGAUAACGAGAGAGAGAGUUCGCGAUCGUCGAGGCGAGAUCGAGGAGCUCGCCGAUCGGCCCUCGGCAAAGAGACAGAGUAAGAGAGUCGUGGGAAAACAAAAGCAACGAGACUAGCCGUUCGUUCUGCUGAAGGAGAGGAGAGGAAGAAUAACCGAACGCUAUAAUUCGAGCCGCGGUGAAGUGCCGGUUGCCGAUCGCCCCCCUGCGCAUUACGCUUACUCUGAUAAGAGACGGCUGCUCCGGAAGUGGCGGAUAUAAGCGCAGUCGUCGUGGCGGCGAACAGUGUGAAUGAGAGUGAUGUGUGUACACGCGCUGCAUCGCCGAGUGAAUAAUGUAUAAAUAGCCCGAUGAUGUGCCUCCGGUGAUGCCGCUGCUGCUCUCACCGGCGUAUAGUGGAUUUAUUGUUAUCCGCUGCUAAUUCUUCAUCGUCCCGCCGUUUUUAUCCCCUUGCCGCUGCAGUCUACUCGUCGCUUUCAUACCCACCGCGGGAAUCUCUCUCAAGUAAUCAAGGAGGAUCAUAAAAGCGGAGCUGUGUGCAGCCUUUGGAUUGUCACGGCGGCGGCCCGAUAGAAGAGAACGAGCCGCCACAGAACGCAGUGCACAUAUAUGCAGCAUUAAACAACGAGAUGAAGGAAUGAGAGAAAGCAAUCGAAAUGAGGCCGAGAUUGUGCUGCUGGUUGUUUUUCGUGCUCUGGCUGGCCGUCGCACUUCCCUGCAGCCCGGUCCAUUCAUUCACUUCUGACGAAGAUCUUUUGUCGCUCACAGCCAACGAAGAUGUCGCCUCGGAGGACGAGGACGCCUACACUGGUGAGGAGGACGACGAGGUGCAGUCGGCGACGAUAGCCAGUGACCCGCUCAUCCCCGAUGGCGGCAAUUUACCGGUCUUCCUCGCCGAGCCGGUCAGCUCGUACGUCGUGAAGAACAAGCCGACGACGCUGCAAUGCAAAACCGCCAACGCACUCAUGGUCCAUUUCCGCUGCAUGGGCCAGAAAAUGGAUAAGGAGAUCAAGCAGGAGUUCGUCGACCCGCACUCGGGUACGCGCAUCAUCGAGGCCGAGCUUAACAUCACUCGCAACAUGAUCGAGGAGUACUUCAGCAAGGAGAAGUUCAAGUGCGAAUGCAUCGCCUGGUCGAGCUCCGGACAGAUCAAGAGUCAGCCAGCUAUCAUUGACGUUGCUUAUUUGAAGAAACAAUUCGAGUCGCCGCCGUACUCGGUGUCGGUCGAGGCCGGCCAGAGCACCGAGCUGAGAUGCCUGCCGCCGAUAGGACUGCCACCGCCGCGGGUCUACUGGCUGAGGAACGGCGUCACCCUCGACACCGACGCCUCGGACACGCUGCUCGUAUCGAGCGAGGGUCAUCUGCUCGUCGGCCAGGCUAAGCUCCAGCAUCAGGCCAACUAUACCUGCGUCGCCGAGAACAUCGCCGCCAAGAGGAGCAGCGAGCCCGCCAGUAUCACAGUCUACGUUAACGGAGGCUGGUCGUCCUGGUCGGCGUGGUCCGAGUGUCACACGCGCUGCGUCAAAGGUGGACAAAAGAGGACGCGGACUUGCACAAACCCGGCGCCCAUGAAUGGCGGGCAGCCCUGUCUCGGGCCGGCGCUGCAGAAAAACGACUGCAAUACCAACUGUCAGCCGGAGGAGAUGGAAAUAUUCACUAACACAUUCGCAGUGGACGGAGGCUGGUCCAGAUGGUCCGCGUGGUCGACCUGCGGCAGCGACUGUACCCACAGCAGGCGGCGGACUUGCGACGAGCCGGCGCCCAGCCAAGGUGGACGGCCAUGUCAGGGAAAGGACGUUACCGUGGCUAAUUGCACCGGAGGCAUGUGCAAUGACAGCGCCAAAAUCGGAGGAGCCCAUUUGACCGAGGAGGCGAGUCGACAAAUGGACGUGGCAUUGUACGUUGGGCUGACGGUCGCCUGUAUCGUCAUCGGAGGCCUGGGCUUCUUCCUAGCCAGACUGGUCCAGCGCAAGGGUCGCGAUCACUCACUCUACUCCAUGGCCAGAAGCGAAUUCCAGCCGGAGUUCUAUCCGGAUCAGGAGAAGAAGCUUAGUCUGCAGCCGGACGUGACCGCGACGAUCGUGCCCGCCUGCUACGAGUAUCCCUUCGACCCGAAACUCUCGAUGUCGCGCUCGCUCUCGGAGCACCACUACGACGUGCCGCACCUGUCUCUACACUCGGGGCCGCAGUCGUCCUCGGUGGUGCCCUCGACCAUGUCCCCGACGCCGAGCACCUCGACCCAGGAGUCCUGCAGCAGCGACAAGCAGAUGCUCUCGGGCAGCGAGAACAGCCUCUCGAGUUCCUACCCGUCGACCGAGUCGACCUACAAUGUCGCCACGGGCAACGUGAGGCUGCCGAUGCUCGAGGCCGGCAACGUCGCCAGGGCCCAUGUCAACAACCGCGGCGCUCUCCUCGUACUCCCGGACUCCGGGAUCUCGAUGUCCGUACCCGAGGGAGCGGUGCCCAAACCCUCGAGGAGCGAGCUUCACCUCGCCGUGCUCAACGAAGAUCGAUUCAGACCCCAGCUGCCAGAUGGCACGACGCAACUCUCGGCAGUGGUGAGCUGCGGCCCGUCGACGGCGAGCUUCGCCAAGCCCGUGAUCCUGCAAUUCGAGCACUGCGCGAUGCUCCAGCCCCCGGCCAGCUGGGAGCUGUCGGUCUGGUGCUGCGACAACCUCGAGGUCGACGACAGCAGCUGCAACGCCAUAGCCCUGAGCAAGGACAAGCCGAUCCUCUGGACGAAGCUGCUGACCCUCGGCAAUGAGACCAUCAACACCCCGCUGUUCACGCAGGUCGAUCGCGCCGAGGUCUUCCUCGUAACGGAGCAGCUCAAGACGUACGUCCUUGCGGGCAAGAGCUGCGGCGGGGCGACGGCCAGUAAGCGACUGAGACUAGCCGUGUACGCGAGCCAGAACCAGGGCGGCAGCUGCUGCCUGCGCGUCUACGCGGUCGAGGACACGAAGGCCGCUAGCAAGGCGCUGGUGGACCGCGAGGCGCAGAUCCGGGGCUGCCUGCUCGACAAGCCGCGCACGCUGCCGUUCGAGGACAGCGGCGAGCCGCUGCAGAUCAGCCUCGAGGAGGUCGGCAACGAGUGGCAGAACAAGUCCCCGACCGAGCGCCAGGAGCUGAGCUUCGCCGAGGUCUGGAACAACCGCGAGAGCCUCAAGUACGUGAGCUUCGAACUGGACGCGAGCAGCUCGAGCGCGACGCGCACCUACAAGCUGCAGAUCUGCCAGAGCUCAACGAGCACGGGCUCGGACGCGCGCCAGGUAUUCAGGAUCAUCUACGACGGCAUGAAGCAGCUCAUCUCCUCGGGCAGCGUGACGAGGCCGCUGAGGGAGGUGACGGUGGUGAGCAGCGUGGCCACGGGACACGGCAGCGCCAACGGCACCGGCGCCGACUCGAGGACGCUGCGGCCGUUCCGCUUCACGCGCUCCCUCAGGAAGCAGCUGUGCCAGUGCCUCGAUCCGCCGAACUCGCUUGGAAACGACUGGAGGAUGCUCGCCCAGAUGCUGCGCGUCGAUAGAUACAUCAAUUACUUCGCCACGAAAGCCAGCCCGACCGAGCACAUUUUGGACCUGUGGGAGGCGAGGCACCGCGAGCCUACGGCCGUUACCGAUCUCCUCAACCAUCUGAGGGUCAUGGGAAGAACCGACGCGGCAACCAUUCUCGAGGCUCAACUCGGGCCCUGGCUCUGAAGCGACGAGCUCCGACUACGCCCCCCGUCAUCAUUAUCAUCAUCAUCGACGUCGUCGUCAUCGUCGGCACCGGCUCGUCGAGACGAGCGAAAAAUCGCCACCGAUCUGAACUGCACGUGCAUGUAGUGAGCAAAGUGCGCGAGAUAUCUGUGACUACCGGUGUAUACAUGUAUACGGCGCGUGUCCGCAAACUCAGCAGAGAGAUAUAAAGACUGCAUACUCGCGGUUAUGAUAGACUACACACGCGCCGCUAUAUAUAUAUAUAUAUAUAUAUACUCGCGCAUGAGCAUGCGUAAACAUAGUGUGUGUUAAAACACCCGAGUGACGCGCUACUGGAACCCCGGGAAGGAAAUAGACGCGGAGGAGGAUCGGCGUCUUCUCGCUGAAUCGGCAGAUAUGCAGCAUUAUAUACGUAUAUAUAGAAAGAGAGAGAGAGAGAGAGAGAGAGACCCGGCGCCAAUCUGCGUAUGUAAAUUCCUCCGCACUAUUCCUAUAAGAUAAAAUCUGCAACGUGUCGCGCGGACGAGAGGAAGGAGAGCACCGAGGUAUGAUUCAUCGGAAUAACGAAAUAUGGCCUUACGUUGCUGCACGUCUUUAAAAAGCGCAUCGAAUAUUCUGUGAGAGGAAAGCGAGCUGGCGAAUGCAUGCGAAGAUUCUGUAAAUAUAUAUAGCGAGACUGUUAACUGUGUUGACUGGUAAGUGUCGAUCGCCGCACGCGAGACGAUUAAAAAUAAAUUAUAACGAAAGGAGAAAAGAGGAGGAAGGAGGUGAGAAACGAGCUCGACACGCGUUACAUGUGCGCGGAGAGGAUCGUUUGUUAUUUUCGACUCUGGACGACGCGCUUUUUGUACUUUGCUUUGCUUCGCGCCGUUAUACAUUCUGGUAAGAUAUUAUUUAUUUUGUAAAAUUAAUGCAGUUAUACACACAUCACUGGCGUGAUUAAUGCGCGCAAAGAUUUAUUAGCUGCGAAUGCCGACUGAACCGCACGUAACGGACGAAGCUUCGUGUAAGAUCGGUGCACUGAAUUUUUUUUUCUUCAAACUUCGCUGCUCGAACUACCAAAACGAUCUACGUAUCUUUGAUACACAGCCGCAAGCACCGAUCUGCCAAUUUUCACUUUUUUACUAUUGCCGAUGCACAAGAGAAACAAAAAGGCUAGAAAGAGGAAACACGGAUUUCCGUGCGACGGUAUAGUUUUAUACGCGCGUUUUGUACAAUCGAUUCGAGAGAGAUGAUAUUUCACUUUUCCUUCCGCUCCCCUUUCGGUAUCGGCGAUCGGGAACGAGAAAAAGCGCUCGAAUACGUAUAGAUACAUAACAGCGCUUGGCGUCAGUGAACGAGUCGCGUCAGAGAAAUCGUAUCUUGUAGCACAGUGGUUCCGUGACGCGGCGCGAAAGAAUCGCGUAAUCCGUUGCCUCUCGCAAAAUAAAAACAAUCAAUUCCCGGCGCCAAUCGUUGUUAGCUUUAGAUCGUCUACAUUUCUUUUGUUGGUAUACACGCGAGUUUUUUUAAUUUCAUAAAACAAUGGCUUAUUCUGUGCUUCGUAUACGCAUACAUGAUCAUGAUAAAAAGAAAAAGUAAGACACGCGCGUUUUCGUAUAUAAACGGAAUAAUCACACAACGAUCGUCAAAGCGUUCUUAGACUAUGUAUACACGUGAUAAAGGAUAAUAUCGACACACUAAUAAGAGUUUAUAUAUAUGAAUAUAUGCAGUUGUAUAUGUAUGUAUAGACAAGAAGAGACGUUAUAUUAUGCAUUUAAAUAUGGAUUUAUGUAUUAUACAUAUAUAAAAGGAUUUACAAGGUGCGCCUAAAAAGUCAGACGCAGAUACAUGAGAUGUACCGUGUUGAAACUCGCGAAGAAACCACACGGAUAUCUUUCGAGAUGCAAAUCGUGAACCACCCACUAAAUCCGAUUGUUUCACUGCCAAGUUGCACUGCCCCCCUAUCGAAUUUCUUUUACCGCGUUCUUACGUAGUGGCAGAAUGACUAUAUCAGAAACCUAUAUUUUGUCAUUGCAAUGAACACACAUUCUUUUGCAUUUAUAUAACGUAUACUUGGAAUUCGAGUAACUGUAUAGAGUUCGAAAACGUUAACGAGGAACUAUAAAAGUAAUUACGUUCUAGUAUCAGUGCCUAGUUGAUUGAUUGAUAUAAUACGAUAUGUUUUCGCAAAGUACGAUAUUUUCGACUAUUUUGAAUAGAGUUAAAAAAAAGGAAUGACGAUUUCGUUCGAUUAUUGACUAACUGAAAAUGUAUACCGAUACGAGUAGUGCGAGAUGCAAAGAUAUUCGAGUGGUUUCGCACUAUGUGUGUGUGAAUGCGCCCUACGAAGCUAUUGGAUCGACCAGUUCAUGGAAGAAAAAAUGACAGCUCUAUGUAAGUUGUAACCUAAAGAAAAAAAAACUAACACCAAACAUAUAAAAUUUUGAACUUUAUAAAUAUUUAUAACUAGGAAGACUCGUUGUAAAUGUAACGUUUAAUUCCCGGCAAGAAUAUAAUAAAGCAAGACGUAAUCUAAACAAGAGAGAAAUAGACAAAGAGAUGCAGAUAUCUUACAUAGAGUAAACAUUUUUUUUUUAUUAGGAACGACAUGAGUUUUGUAGGAUAAUCACCGGCGCGCAUCUUAAUGCGGAACGCUGAUCACUGUAUAACGCAGAAAAAAAGACGAAUAACACUCGCAUUCGAAGCGAUCGGUGUGCCAAGGAAAAAAAAGUUCUUAUGCGAAUUCGUUAUUAAGCUUAUGUAAAUGUGCAGCGAUAGCUAAAGACCUAAACUGAGACAGUUGCUGUCUUCGCCAGUUGCUCAUCGAUCCGUUUGUGCCAAUUUUCAAAAACAAAAGACAAAACGACACUCGCAUCUCCUGCUCUGCGGAUUUUUCGCGCGACGACGAUCGCUAUCUCCUAUCUACUUAAACUAUACAAAGAAUACUCAUCACCGUCUCUAACUAUCGGUCUACUUAGCUCACGCGCUUUAUUCGUUGUAUCGUGUCUCAAUAAUGCCUUUCGUUGUAAAUAAAAUUCGUUGUCCCUUCGCGAUUAUUGAAGAACGAUAUACCGCACCAACGUGAGUCAUCGGCUCCCGAUAAAUCCGCAGAGCUCGAUCAAUCCUUGUAUCCGAUUCUCCAAACGACAGCGAGAAGACGCGUUUGUAACGACUAAAUUUGCCUUAUAUUUUUUUUACCAGCAAUGAAUCGCGCGCUCGUGCGGCACUCUGUUUAACCGUUAAGUUCUCUUUGGCGCGCGUGUGUGUACAGCAAUGCCUUCUCCUUUUUUCCUCGCAUAUUUUUCAUGCGUACGUACAUACGCGACUAAUACGCCGCGGGCUUUUAAAGCCGCGCGUUCAACGCACGGCCUAUUAUACAAUUUAAAAUGCAAGCGAGGGAAAAGGAGAGGAGAACAAGCGGACACGGAAUACGCAUAACGUAUUACGUGCGCGCGCGCGCCUGUGAGUGUGUAUGUGUGUGUGUGUGUGUGUGUGUGUGAGAGAGAGAGAGAGAGAGAGAGAGAGAGAGAGAGAGAGAGAGAGAGAGAGGCCAACGAACGAUCUGAGCGCAGCGGCGCUACGCGAAAGAAGGAGCGCGCGCUCGAGGAAGAAGCUCAUUGUGUUUUAUCUUCUUCUUCUUUCUUCUUCUUCUUCUUCAUUUUUUAUUAUUUGAGAUCUUCGGUUGUUCGAAAGAAGAAACUUGAAAUUUGUAUAUUUGUUAUCUUAGACGAAUAAAAUAUUCUUGUAUACCUGAAA